AUGAGUCCCUGCGCCAUCACCCCAGAGCCACUCAAUAUUACACCAAUCAGCAAAAAUGCUCAGAAUUGCUCUUUUGAUGCCGCACUUGACUUAGACAAGGAGGCAGCAUCUCUUCUAGACCCGUUCUACAAGAUUGUCGAGCAGCCUAUCGGAACCCGCCGUCCAAUCCGGGUAGCCUGUAUGGGAGCCGGGUAUUCAGGCCUUAUGAUGAGCAUUGUCUUUAGUCAGCGAAUGAAAAACGCAAAUGCCGAACUCGUCGUCUAUGAAAGGAACGAGGAUCUAGGCGGAACGUGGUUAGAAAACAGGUAUCCCGGAUGCAAAUGCGAUAUUCCUGCCCACAACUACGCUUAUAGCUUUGCGCCCAACCCUGAAUGGCCGAAUUAUUAUGCCACCUCACAGCAGAUCCAUGCGUACAUGCAUGAUGUUGCCGAUAAAUACGACUGUAACAAGUUCAUCAAAUACCGCCACUCUAUCAAGGCAGCAGUUUGGAACGAGGAUAAAGCAAAGUGGGAGAUCCAAGUUCAAAAUGGUGACGGAGCUGUCUUUCAGGAUGAUGUCGACGUCUUUAUCAAUGCCGGUGGUGUUCUUAACAAUUGGAAAUGGCCUAACAUCGAGGGUAUUCAUAACUUCAAGGGCAAACUUAUCCACUCUGCAAGAUGGGAUGCGGACUAUGACUUCACGGGCAAGAAGGUGGCCAGCAUUGGCAUUGGGUCUUCAGGAAUUCAGAUUGUGCCUCAACUAGCCAAGGUUGUGGGCUCCAUGGACGUCUACGUUCGGACACAGACAUGGAUCUCUCCAGCACCUGGUAUCAACGAGCCGACCGCUAAUGACCCCGAUAUGGAUGACGAUUACAACUUCACUCCUGAAAGCAUGGCUAUAUUCAAGGAUCCUGAGGUCCUCCGCCAGUACCGAGCUGCUAUCAUGGAUCGCCGAAUCGAGAAUUUCCAACGUGCUCUUGCAGACAGUGACAUUCAAAAGCGUGCCCAGGAGAUCUUCCGCAAGAGCAUGACUGAGAGACUCGGUGACAGUGAGAAGGGUCGAAAGGCGGCGCAAUAUUUGCUCCCUGACUUUCCCGUUGGGUGCCGACGGCAGACUCCCGGUCCAGGGUUCCUCGAGGCCCUAACCCAGGACAAUGUUGAUAUGUGGUGGGAUGACGUUGCACAGAUUACCGAAAAGGGUAUUGUAACACGAUCUGGGGAAGUAAAAGAGUACGAUGUGAUUGUAUGCGCAACGGGUUUCGACACCUCCUUCAAGCCAUCAUUUCCAUUGAUCGGACGGAAUGGAGUUAACCUCGCAUCUAAGUGGGAGGUAGAGCAACCAAAAGCCUACUUUGGAUUCAUGGUGCCAGACAUGCCCAACUACUUCUGUUUCAUCGGACCCAACAGCCCAAUCAGUAACGGGUCACUCGUGCUGGGAAUCCAAGCAACCGCUUUAUACGUCUACAAGUGGUUGGAGAAGUUGCAGACUGAGAUGAUCAGCAGCUUCGAGGUACGGAACGAUGUGAAUGAAGAAUACAACCAACACAUGCAGCAAUAUCUGGAGCGCACUGUGUGGACUCGCGGCUGCCGCAGUUGGUACAAGCGAGGAACCGUCGACGGACCUGUUGUGGCAAUAUACGGUGGUACAUCUUUCCAUUUCAUGGAGGCGAUCAAGAAUCCACGGUGGGAGGACUUCCAUAUUACAAGGUCUCCGGAGGCUCGUUCAAAUAGAUUUGCAUACCUGGGUAAUGGGUUUUCUAGAAGGGAGACAAAGGGGGAGAGUGUGGGCGCCACACAGACGCUUGACUUUGACGAAUAUUGGCGUUUGUUUGUGCUACCAGAGAUUCAUAACUAG